AGUCAAACACAUUUUUUUGUAUUUUUCCUAUAUUCUGUUAUAUUUAAAGAUCCAUUUUGGACAAUGGCGGUACAACAAACAAGUUCGCGAUCCGUAGCGUCAGCUCCUACGAGAUUGACGUUUAAAUCGGAAGAAACUGACAACUCUGGCUCUGCUUAUCUUAAUGACUCUAUUAGUCUUUUGAUGAGUUCCAGGGGGGUGAUUAAGAGCUGUUUCGUGAGUGUGUUAUCUCGAUGUGUGGAUAAAUUAAAUAUGCUGGCAGGAAUGUAUGCCUCAGUCGCCGCACUCCCGGUAGUGAAAGAGAUAACAUAUUUGAGCACACAAGAGAGGUACGGGGGGGUGUCCGAGAGCAACUACGAUAAUUUUUCGUUGGGUGCUGUAUACACAGACGUACAUAAAUUUCAGAAAGAAGUAGCACUUAUUUUGCACUUGUUGGAGCUUUUUAUCGAGGAGGCACGAAAGUGGGGUACCGUGACUGUGGGUAAUGAAGCCAUGCGUACUCUAGAACGAAUGCGAAAAGAGGAAGACGAAAUUAUGGAGUGUGGAAGGGAGAAGCAGAGAAUAGUGAAUUCCAUGAAAUCGGCGCUGAGAAAUGAGAGAGAUUUGAGUGUAGGUGUGAUGCACACUUACAACAGCAGCAUUAGAGAUACCCACGGCUCUGGUCUAGAUGAAAUGGAACGUGUAGUAACCGAAGUGAAUUAUGUGAAAAUGUGGGAAGAAGCUAGAUACGAACAAAACCUAGAGAAACUCCAAAAGACUGAAGCUGCAUACCGCGUGGUUCUUGCAACCAUGCAAUGGAAAAUUAAUCUGGAGCAAACUUGCCACGAACAACUGGGAAAAUUUAUUCUUGAAUCGCAGCAAGAUUACAUGGACAACAUACAGUAUUUAAUGGACAGCUACGACGCUGCUUUUGAGCAAAAGGAAACACAAUUGUAUGACUUGAAGCAGAUGAUUGAGAAACAGAGGAAUGAUUUCGAAUCACUCAACACGGAGUACAAACGCCGCGCACAGCUCAUCGAAGAGUUGUUGGAAAUGAAAAGAAAAAAGCGCGAAGAAAAGCUUUUACUAGCACAACAAACCGCAGCCGUCGUUAAAAUUCAAUGCUGGUGGCGAGAGGUAAUGAUAAGACGAAAAAAUCGUAAACAAAAGAAAAACAAGGGAAAACGGAAUGGUAAAGGAAAAAAGCGAUGACCGUCGAAUAAUUGUUAGGUGUUAUUUUUUUAAAUAAAAUUAAA